AGUAGUUGGGUCGGGUGGAGACUGAAGAAGAUAGGAGGUCGCUUCCAGUUCCAGCUUUCACUUGCCGUGCCGGAAUCCAUGCGUCGCCGCAUUCCUCCAUUCCUCGGUCAAACCACGUGCCCCUUCUACCUCAAUCCAAUCCUUACUCACAUACAUUAUUCUCUUCUUUUUCUCUUCUUCUUCUUCUUCUUCUUCUUCUUCUAUAUAUAUACAUAUGAAUGAUGAUGAAUAGUGUAAUUAAAAAACUAAACAUCUUUCUAUUUCUAUCUAGUGCUGCUCUUCACAUUGCUUUCCGUAUUUCGUUGACGGUUAACGCCUCAUUCAAUGCACACUGUCACAUUUGAAUAAUCAACCUUCACUUUCGCAUACCAAUUCCAAGUAUUCAGGUGGUUGCACGAAAUGGCUAAAAUCCGCAUCGCCAUCAUCUUAUUGGGGCUCUGCCUAGUAUGCAAUUCGGCAGGUUUGGCAGAGGCAGAGUACAUGAAGUACAAGGACCCCAAACUGUCAAUCGAUGCAAGGGUUGAGGAUCUUAUUAGCCGGAUGACUCUUGAGGAGAAAAUUGGCCAGAUGUUGCAAGUCGAACGCAAGUAUGUGUCUGCUGAUGACAUCAAGAAGUAUUCUAUUGGGAGUGUCAUGAGCGAGGCAGGGAGUAUUCCAGGUCCAUCUCGAUUGGCUUCUGCGCAAACCUGGAUUGACAUGGUGAAUGAAUUUCAGAAGGGUGCUGUAUCGAGCCGGCUUGGAAUUCCAAUGUUUUAUGGCAUUGAUGCCGUUCAUGGCCACAGCACUGUUUAUAAAGCAACUUUUUUCCCUCACAAUAUUGGCCUUGGAGCUACCAGAGAUCCUGAACUUGUUAAGAGAAUUGGAGCUGCCACUGCCCUUGAAGUUAGAGCAACAGGAAUUCAAUAUACCUAUGCACCUUGUAUAGCAGUAUGUAGAGAUCCAAGAUGGGGUCGGUGUUACGAAAGCUACGGCGAAGAUCCUGCACUAGUUCAGUCAAUGACUGAAAUAAUACCAGGAUUGCAAGGAGACAUUCCUGCUGAUUUACCAAACGGUGUCCCUUUUAUGGCUGGAAAUGAAAAGGUCAUAGGUUCUGCUAAGCACUAUGUGGGUGAUGGUGGAACAAUCAAUGGGAUUGAUGAGUACAACACUGUCAUAGAUAGAGAGGGAUUGUUGAGAAUUCACAUGCCGGGUUAUUUUGCCGCAAUUAGCAAGGGAGUUGCAACGAUUAUGGUCUCUUACUCCAGUUGGAAUGGAGUAAAAAUGCAUGCUAAUCGUGAACUUAUUACCGGAUUCCUCAAGAAUGUCCUCCAUUUCAAGGGCGUGGUUAUUUCAGAUUUUGAGGGUAUUGAUAGGAUCACCACUCCACCUCAUGCAAAUUUCACAUAUUCAGUUGAAGCUGGAGUUUCUGCUGGCAUUGACAUGUUCAUGGUUCCUCAAUUCUACAAAGAAUUCAUAGAUGAUCUAACGAAAUUGGUGACAAAGAAGUUCAUUCCUAUGAGUCGAAUCGAUGAUGCAGCAAAGAGAAUUUUGUGGGUUAAGUUCAUGAUGGGCCUAUUUGAGAACCCUUUUGCUGAUUACAGUUUGGUUAGAUAUCUGGGAAUACAGGAGCAUAGAGAAUUGGCUAGGGAAGCUGUGAGGAAAUCACUGGUCCUUCUUAAAAAUGGCGAAUCUGCUGAGAAGCCUCUAUUGCCUCUUCGUCGGAAGGCUUCAAAAAUACUUGUAGCCGGAAGCCAUGCAGAUAAUCUAGGAUAUCAGUGUGGCGGCUGGACUAUUGAAUGGCAAGGAGUCAGUGGCAAUGAUAUUCUCAAAGGGACUACAAUUCUCAAUGCUAUAAGAAACACUGUUGAUCCAAAGACCAUAGUGACCUACAAGGAGAAUCCUGAUGCCAAAUUUGUCAAGUCCAAUGGAUUUUCUUAUGCCAUAGUUGUAGUAGGAGAGCAUCCCUAUGCUGAAAUGCAUGGUGAUAACAAGAACUUGACCAUCCCGGACCCUGGCCCCGAGACCAUAACAAAUGUAUGUGGAGCCAUAAAAUGUGUGGUGGUUGUUAUUUCCGGCCGCCCUGUAGUUAUUGAACCAUAUCUUCAUAUAAUAGACGCGCUUGUGGCUGCUUGGCUUCCGGGAAGUGAAGGCCAGGGUGUAGCUGAUGUCCUAUAUGGCGACUACGGUUUCACCGGAAAGCUUCCAAGGACAUGGUUCAAAACUGUUGAUCAAUUACCAAUGAAUGUUGGAGAUCCUCAUUAUGAUCCCCUUUUCCCAUUUGGGUUUGGCCUUUCUACUGAACCUAUUAAGGCCAUUUACUCAGCAUAGAAAUUUCAUUUCUCUGAGAUAACGUUAAGCAAAAGCAACUAUAGAUAGGAAAUGCAAUGCAGAGAAUCCAUUUACAUAGCAAGAGAGGUUCUUGAUCCGUUGUGAACCUUCAGAUUGUUAAAGUCGAGAAUAAAGAAAUGCUGUUUUAUUUGUAUAGCUCAGGUUAAGUCAUAUAGGUGUCGUUUGGGCUUGGAGCUUAUUUAUAUGCUCACUUAUGGUCCCCAUGUACCAAUAGCUCUUGUCUUUUUCUUCUUUCUUUCUUUCUUUCUCAUUUAUCUAUAGAUAAAGAAAUGUAUAAAUAGAUGCAGUGCAAGUAUAGAUAGUUAAUAUAAAAUGUCUGUGAAUAAAAUGUAAAUAAAAGAUUGAAGAACUGUUUGAAUUACUCUU